UUCAUUUUCAAUGUAAUUUAGCAACAUCUAUUUUUUUGCCUAUAUAACCAAAAGUUUCAAAUACCAUUUCCAUAAACUUUUUUCCCUAAUAAAUUCCAAUCAGUACUUCACUACAUGGAUCAAUUAAGUACAAAAUCAUUUUCAUUUUUUCUCACACUUUAUCUUUCAUCAUCAUUAGUAAUAUCAACAACCUUCAUAUUUGUUAACAAAUGCAACUACACAGUUUGGCCAGGACUUCUUUCCAACGCCGGAAUCGCGCCGAUUUCAACCACCGGUUUUGUUCUCAAAUCCGGCGAUUCCAAAUCAAUUACUCCACCGGCCUCCUGGGGAGGCCGUUUCUGGGGACGAACACACUGCUCCCAAGACUCCACCGGAAAAUUCACCUGCCUCACCGGUGACUGCAACUCCGGCAAACUCGAAUGCUCCGGCAACGGCGCAACACCGCCUGCUACGUUAGCGGAGUUCACUCUUAACGGAUCUGGUGGACUCGAUUUCUUCGAUGUCAGUUUAGUCGACGGUUACAACGUGCCGAUGUUGGUUGUUCCACAAGGUGGCUCCGGUGAUAACUGUAUGAGUACUGGAUGCAUAGUUGAUUUACUCGGCGCGUGUCCUUCAGAGCUUAAGGUUACGAGCGUGGACGGGAAUGAGAAUUUAGCGUGUAGAAGUGCGUGUGAGGCGUUUGGAUCGGCGCAGUAUUGUUGCAGCGGCGCGUAUGGUUCGCCUAACACUUGCAAGCCUUCGAGUUAUUCUGAGUUGUUUAAGAACGCUUGCCCACGCGCGUAUAGCUACGCGUAUGAUGAUAAGACUAGCACGUUUACAUGUGAUUCUGCUUCUGAAUACAUAAUCACGUUUUGCCCUUCCACUAAUACCAAGUACCCCAGUCAGAAAUCGUGGCAGGGGCAAAAUCCGAAAUCAGAUGGCAGCGACUCAUCACCACAGCUUAAUAAUGGUUCAAUGGUAUAUGUUGGUGCUGGUGUCUAUGAUCAGAGUGAGAUAUCAAGCUCCACUUGUAUUCAUAUAUGGGAAUCCGAAACCCUUCUCACUUUUGCAAUGGCUAUGUGGUUCUUAUGUCAACUUUUUCAUUUUUAAUCGGUGUCUCCUUUAACCUUAAAAUUAGGUUCAUGAGCCACGUUUUCAAUGAAAUUAGGUUCAUGCAUGAGCCACGUUUCCUAUGCCUAAAGAAUUGUCGGAACCUUUGUAUCCAUUGUUUAAUUCAUUGGGCCCACAUAUCUUGCCAUGGUGACAUGCAUGUUAGUCAUUUGUUCUUGUCCUUAGAUUCCCAAAGAAGCUCUUGACAUUCCAAUUUUAAGAUAGGAAAGUCCUUAAAACAAAGGGGUAAAUACAUUCUACUCAUGGAUGAAAAACUAUGAUAGUGGGUGGCCAUUAUUUAUUUCCACGUCGUUGAGAUAAAUAGGCAUACAUAGAAUUGAAUUAUUUGUAUUGUGGGCUAUGCUAUUCAUUUAUUGGUCUUAGAAUAAUAGUACAUAAGAUACGAGCUAAUGGACUCGUAUUUUAGUAUUUCCUCUUCAAAGCGGCAUGAUUAAUUCAUUAUUAAAGAAUGAUUCAAUUCUAAGCCAUCAAAUUUUUUUUGCACAAGACUGUUAUGUGGCUCCUACUCUAUGUCACAUUGUCACUUUAUAUUCAAAUAGGUCAUGGUAUAUUUUGGUCUAAUAAAUUACUCCACUCUCUCACCCCGAAAGUUUUAUGUCAGUUAGAGAUAGAACUUAAAUCCAAAUUAAUUUAUAUGAAGUCACAUCACCUCAAAAAUCAAAUUUGUAUGAGUGAAUUAGACACAAGUCUAGCAUUAAUAAUUAUGAAAGAAAUUUAAAUUUGUUAAGUAAUAAAAAAAUUUAUCUAUAUAUAAUAGAUGAGACACCUUGCUAAAAAGUUACACCUUUAAACUAAAAUAUAUGUAAAUUACUUUAAUGUGAUAACAGCGAAAGAAUAAGGAACAUUUUAUAAAAUUGGAAGAUAUAGUGAGAGGUGCUUUAUAGACUAUUGUGGACACUACUUAGAAAAAGAAAAGCUUUUAAAAUUAGAAAAAACCCAUCACUAUGGACCCCAUUUAGAGAUGCUGCAACUGCAAGUGCAACUGCAAGUGCAACUGCAAGUGGUGUAAUCUCGCAAACGUUUAGCAACCAAGUGUUGAUUAAUUAAUUUGAUUAUAUUACCUGAAAUUUAAAAGAUAAUCCGAUUCAAUUAUUGCUUUUGUUUUGGAUCAUUCACGUAAUAAAUGCACUGUAAGUAGGUGGUAAAGCGGACGGUCGGUCCCGUUUAGACCCGUCUCGUUUAUGUCCGUCUAAAAGCGGGGUGGGACAAAUCAACUUUGAAGGUAGAGAAAAACACAAGAAAGAAGAAAGGGAUUUGAAUUG